AAAGGAGAGAUUCUUGGUAGAUCAUUGUCUUUCUGACUUUCUUGGUAUUUGUGAAACAUCAAAAUAAUGUCAUUUACGUGAACCCCAUUUGGGAACUUGAGGCUCUCAAUUUUCCCAUUAGGUCAUUUCUGCAAAAUUCUUCUUUUGAGAGUCUCUUAUUUUGAAGAUAUUUGCCAUUUUUGUUCCUUCAGGUGAAAAUUUGGACAUGGGUAUUUGCUAAAGAUUGUAUUUUUGGUGAACCCCAUCAAGGAAUUUGAGGUUCUUUAUGUUCCCAUUUGGUUAUUUCUGCAAAAUUAUUGUGAUCUGGGGCCAUUCUUGGUGAAAAGUUUCAAUCUUGGUAUUUUCCUGGAAAAUUUUUGCCUCAGAUUUUGGAAAAUUUGGAGUUUCUUAGAUUAUGCAGCAAAUUUGUGAUGUGGGGCAUUUGAGAAUCUUGAAUUUGUGACAUUUUGGAUCAACAAAAGGUGAAAAGUUAAUAACUUGAUUGUUGUUUAAGUGGUUAAAGAUUUGAUUUUUAUGGUUUCAGCCAGCUCAGGUAUUUCCUUUUUUUACCUCAAGUUGACAAAGUCUUGAUUUUUAUCAUUAUUAUUGUCGAAAUUGGUCACUAUCAAGAUUGUACCUAUCAUAUUCUGUAUAUAUAGAAAAAGUUGUAUAUUUAAUUGGUUGAUUGAUCAAGUCAGAAAGCAUAUUGGUUUGAGGUGUUGAAAAGGGGUUCAUUGGAUUUUAAUAUAAGAUUGAGAUUCUGAUUGUUUAGACAAAUUGAGAUUGAAAUUAUGUGUAAGGAAAGUUUGGUUGUGAGGUUAUUAUUAGUUUGUUAGUAAGGAAGGAAUUUCUUUAUAUGAUGAUGAUGACGAUUCGGAUAGUUUAAGGAUCAUUGUGUAAAUACAGCAACCGAAUUCCCAGUUUUAGGAUUUAGUUGGAGUUACAAGGUACAAAUGGUCUUUAUCUACUGCUAACAUCAUGCCCGAACGAUAUCCGAAAACUAUGCGAUUUUUGAGCCUUGUUGGGAAUUCAUUCGGAUGUUCUGCGUCGGGCGAGCGAUUAGUUUCUGCUGCUAGAGAUGGUGAUCUCCAAGAAGCCAAGGCUUUACUGGAGUAUAAUCCUCGCUUAGUGAGGUAUUCGACAUUUGGUGUUCGAAAUUCACCCCUCCAUUACUCUGCCGCCCAAGGACAUCAUGAGAUUGUUACUCUCUUGCUUGAGUCUGGAGUUGACAUCAAUCUCAGAAACUACCGGGGGCAGACUGCGUUGAUGCAAGCGUGUCAGUAUGGUCACUGGGAAGUUGUUCAGAGUCUCAUUCUUUUCAAAGCCAAUAUUCAUAGGGCUGAUUAUCUCAAUGGAGGUACGGCACUUCAUUUAGCUGCUCUGAAUGGACAUUCCCGAUGUAUACGGCUUCUCCUUGCUGAUUAUAUUCCAAGCAUUCCUAAUUUCUGUAAUGUCAUGAGAAAGAGAUCGAGAAAUGAGGACUCUAUACAAGAAUUUGAUGACUUUGCACUGCAUGAGGUGAUCAAUAGACCUGCCGAUGGUGGCAUUACUGCCCUUCAUAUGGCAGCGCUGAACGGCCAUGUUGAAAGUCUGCAGCUACUCUUGGACUUAGGGGCUUCCGUCACUAAGGUUACUGUGGAAGAUGGGACUACAAUUGAUUUGAUAGGUGCAGGAAGUACACCACUUCAUUAUGCUGCAUGUGGCGGGAAUGCUCAGUGUUGUCAGCUUUUAAUUGCCAGGGGUGCGAGUCUCAACGCAGAAAAUGCGAAUGGGUGGACCCCAUUGAUGGUUGCUCGAUCAUGGCAUAGAGAUGGGCUCGAGGAAAUUUUAAGUGCUCGUCCAGAAAGGCAACCACGUCCUCUUCCUUCACCGUUCUUAUGCCUCCCUCUUAUGAGUAUAGUGAAGAUUGCUAGAGAAUGUGGAUGGAGAACAAAUGAUUCGCCAUCAACUUGUUUAGAUCCUUGUGUUGUUUGUCUGGAAAGGAAGUGUGCAGUCGCUGCAGAGGGUUGUUUUCAUGAGUUCUGCACACGCUGUGCGUUGUACCUAUGUUCCACCAGCAGCACCUCAACCGCGGCACAUGGUCCUCCGGGCUCGAUUCCCUGCCCUUUAUGCCGACAUGGCAUCGUUUCAUUCAUUAAGCUGGCGGAUACAACGCCAAUCAUCAAGGAAGCAGCGAGAACAAGCCUAUCAUUGCCGUUCUGUGCAUGUACAGCUGAUGGACAAGAACCAACUACAUUGGAAACGCCAUUUUGCAAGCCGGAUUUAUAUUGCUCUCGAUUCUCCCCACUUGGCUCUUCCUUCCGCUCAUUAAGCUGUCAAAAAUUCCCGGCCUUGAAAUUCAGCCCUGGCCUUUGUAUGGGAACGUCGGACACAAGUCCGUCUUUAGUUCCAAUAACCGCUGAACGAGAACAUCUGACUCGAUGUUCAAGAUCCAGCUUUAGGCGAUCAACGUCAAACGUUGAAGCUAGAAGAUGGUUGUGUUCCUUCAGCCAAUCUGUAGAAACUGGAAGCAGCUGCUGAAGGGUGCAUGGAUUAGGUCUAUACAUGCCUAUUCAACUAUUUAUUUCAAACUUAAUUUACAGGUUUUUCCCUUCUUUUUUUUCAAAUGAACUUUUGUUUCUAUACCUUAUGUCCACUAAAUGUAAUUGAAAUGUUUCAUCUAUAUGAAGUUUGGCUUGUAAAUAAGUAACAUAUAUGUUAUAUAAGUGAAAAGGAAAAGAAUUCUGGGAUGGUAUUUAUUGAA